AUGGAAGUUGACCUCUCCUUCAGAUCGAUCUCCGAGCUGCGAUUUGACCGAGCAGGGGCGUCGGAGGAGGAGGUGCUUGUCGCAGGUCAUGUGCGGUUGCUGAAUGUCUGCAACAACCGCAUUGAGCGUAUCGUUGGCCUUGGUGCCCUUUUUAACCGCCUCGCCCAACUAGAUCUUGCGCACAACAGCCUUGGCAGCCGUUCAGGCCCGGAUGCAUGCGUCUGGCUAGACGCUCUGCCGUCUUCACUCUGUGUGUUGAACCUCGCCCACAACGAACUGUGUACUUUUAUGACCAACGAGGCGGUGGAGAGUGGCGGUACGAAUAGAAGUGAAGGCUGUGGAAGCGCGUUUUUAGCGGCAGGAACCGCAUCAGAUGGAAUGAAAAUGUCUUUGGGACGCCUGCGUCGUGCGUGUCCAAUCACCGUGGCUUUUUUCUUUAACCGAAGGCGAUUUCCCCACCUAAGAAAACUGGAUCUUUCGUACAACGCGCUGAGCUUGACGCUGGAUGAGAGCGAAAUAGUGGAAGGGAUGUGGCAAGAAGUCGUGGAGCGUCCAGUUGCUUUACAUGCGUUCAACCAAGAGGAAAAAGCAGUGUGGUUACAAUGCACAACUUCUGCAGUGACCGUUUUGCAGUUGGAUGGCAAUACGCAUUUAUCCGCGCUCAAUGGUGUUCUCUGCGGAAUGGAGUCAUUAACCGAUCUUUGUGCAGCAAGCUGUGGAGUGUCAGAUUUGACGGCGGUUUCUGCGGCGGCCACGUUUUGCCCAAAGCUACAUUCUCUUGAUAUGCAUGGCAACCCUGUUGUGGAAGCGUUCAUGCGUGCCCCACAGACAACCAUUGCCACUUUUUUGGAGUUGUUGUUGCUACCUUUGAUCCUUUCUGAUUCUGGGGUGGAUGAUCAAGGGUGCGAUGGCAAUGAAGAGGAAUUUGAGAAGCGCUCUGCUCUUCAGUGUCUUGUCCGCGAAGUCGCCCAGCAGCAUAAUGAAAAAAUAGAAGCUCUUCUUUUACGUCAAGAACGUUCUGGUUGUAGUACACUAGCCGAAGUGCUAUACGCAGCACUUCUACAACAAGUCAUUCCACAGGUUGCGGAGCUCGAUGGGGGCGUGGAUGUGAAUGCGGCGCGUGAGGGGCUCAUGAAAGCAGCACGAGAGGUUUUCGAAGACGUCAUAAAAAAUAUUGAUAGAUCAAUCACAAAGAGGGGAGACGCCAAGGCUUCACGGCGUAGCAUGAAUUCACAGAUUAAUUCCUCACCAAUUGGGGAUCAAAAGGGACACCGAGAAAAACAAUCAAAACCAAUAGUCUCAGACGGGAGCGUAAAUACGUCCCAAAAUUCCUCGCAAGCUCAUAUGCGCGGUUCUAGCUCUGUUGGAUGGAGGGGUAGGGAAGUGUUCUCCGCCUCUGAGGAUUCGACCGACACCCUUCGCAGGCGUGAAAGAUCACGCAGUGCACAGAGCAUGAUGAAGAGAGGUGCCACCGUGGCUGCGCAACUUCGACCAGAAGUGCGGGUAACUGGUUCUGCCAGUAAAAAUACGCCCAUUAUCCCCUCCAGGAGGAUUGCUUCUAUUGGCGCUUUUGCACGCGAUGCAACAGAUGCGGAAAAUAGGGCCAGCGCGUACCUCAGCAAAGACUAUGAGUCGGCCACAGCAACGACUUCCAUGAAUGCAAGCAAUGGUAGCAACUCUGGCGCCAACUGCAAUCAUAGCUCUAUCCUUCAGCACAGCAGUCCAUUUUUGCAUCGAGAGGGGAACGGGGACACACCAACUGUAUUUCGCUCUUCUACCGUGAAAGCCGUUGGGACGCAAAAUGGCGGUGGCAGUUUUUGUGAGGAAAGUGGAGGAGGAAGCCGAUUUCAAAGUGCAAUUGCCGCUCUAACGCCAAUACUGAUGCAACGACUGAGAAGAGAAGGUUUACCGGACCAUAGUGCCAUUGCAAGUGACCCAAGUCGAUUUUCAUUGGAUGAUCGUGACACCUCCACAUUUUCGACUGGGACUUCGAAUAGCAACACAUUGACGGCGAAGGAAAAGCUAUUGCAACAAGCGCGAUUCCUUGAGGAGGCUCUCCUCGCUUCCCAGUCUCGACAGCGGGGCAUGCAGGAAGCUGUGUCACUGCUGAAAGAGCAACUCAAGCAAGAUCGUCGCCUUAUUGUUGAUCAACGAAAGGAGGCCGCACGGUUACGAAGAGAAUUAGAUCUUCUUGUUGAGUCGAACAAGCGCACAGCGGGUAGGGUAAAGAAACGGCAAAAGGAGAUUGCAUACGGAGCAGCCGCUCUCAGGCGGCGAGAAGAGGCGGCCCAAAGAAAAGCCGCAAUGGACUACAUUGAGCGGGAGGAGAAAUCGCUCAAGCAGGCCGAACGACGUCUACGGGAGAAGUUAGCGCUCAGUGGGGUGUGUUCUCCUACACAUCUGACGGACUCUUCCGGAAUUGUUCAGGCGACGACAGCAACUAGUGGGAUUGAGAAAAGACCACCACGGAAGACGCAUGCAGAUUUUCUUCGUGAGAAUGCCGCAAAGGAGCGAAUGGCCGCAAUGCGUCGGGCGGAUCCGCUCUCAUAUAGCCCACGUAAAUUUCGUCCUAGUGAUUACGGUCUAAAUGGGGGGGACGAAAGCAGCAAUCCGUGGACAAACAGCACCAGUGUGAACACGCAGGCGGAGAGGCGUCAACCUCUGCAGGAGACGGAGAGGUAUAGCAGAAGUGUUGACGCUGGUCGUGAAGAGAAGUCGAAUUAUGGAAAUACACCGUGGCGUGAUGGUGAGAGUAACUCAUCGUCAUCAUCAAUGCAGAGCACCAAAUCUACAAGGAGGGUAGGACAGGAGGAAAAGGGGCUGCAGUCUAUGUACGACAAGGGCUUCAGCCCAUACGGCGCUGUCGAAAAGAGUGACGGAGAGCAUGAUAAUAAAGGUAAUAAAUAUCGUCAUAAAAGCCUCCAAUGGUUGUCGCUCCAACAACUUUUUGAAGAGGCAGCAGCUAUACAACGUAGACAACGUAGCCUGAAUCAGCGCAUGAAUGGUGUCGUCAAUGAUAUGGGGAAUGAUGCCGAUACACGGAAUGGUGAGCUGGAGGAGCGUGAAAUGACAUUUAAAGAAGAGGUGCACCAUGAUGGCGAUGGUGACAAGAUUACUUUUGAAGAGCACACAUUGUCAAGAUGCAUGGGAGCAAUUCAGGGGGAAAGUAUUGCAUCGACGCCGUACGCUACUACCAAUGGGCCCUCAUGGAGUGGUGUAAAUAGCAAGACCCAGAAAAAUGGACUGAAUACAGACAACAAUGAUGAUGAUGAUGACUCGGUGGAUGUGGUUGUUCCGCUGGCGGAAGGUCAAUUGAAUGGUGACUUUUUUGUCAAAACCAUGACCCCUCAUUCCCCUUCUUCCUUUUCUCCAGUGACAAAAAAGAAAUUUACCGCAGACACGAAUUGGAAUACGACAGAGCCACAAGAACAUUACAAUGGUGAGGACAACUCUUUUUUGCCGUUUCCUGGUGCUGCAGGGGAGCACUUUUCCAUGGAUGCUUGCCGCAUAUAUGCAGAGAUACUGCGCCAACGUCAAGAACAAGAAAAAAAACAGGAAUCAUCUCAUCACCAGCAGCACGAGAAGGAGAUGAAGACGGGAGGGGUAAAUUUGGAGGAGAAAAAGCAAGUGAAGCGGGAAGAAUUGUCCUCUGCUUCAAAUGGGCCAAAGGAACCAUCGAGCACUAAAAAUGGGAGUGCUGCGUAUAAAGAAGGGGCUUUUGAGGAAAGCAGUGUAUGUGGCUUGCAUAUGGAAAAGGAGGAUAAUCCUGGUAGUGCGACACGGCGUGCACUUUUCACUUGA